UGCCCGAACCAAGUAAUUCUACAAAGGCAUCACCAUUUUGGACGAAAUGCACACACUGUUUACGACGGACCAGCGCCAUUAUGGGCACGCACAGCCCGGCUAUCCGACGAACGGGCCCACCAUGGCCUCGGCCCACCAUUACACGUACGAUCAGUACUCGCGGUACGCGUACGCCGGGUCGGCAUAUGCGCUGGCCGCGCCGCACCAGAACAAGGAGAUGGUGAAACCCCCGUACUCGUACAUUGCGCUGAUCGCGAUGGCCAUCCAAAACUCGGCCGACAAAAAGAUCACCCUGAACGGCAUCUACCAGUACAUCAUGGAUCGGUUCCCGUACUAUCGGGACAACAAGCAGGGCUGGCAGAACUCGAUCCGGCACAACCUUAGCCUGAACGAGUGCUUCGUCAAGGUGGCGCGGGAUGAUAAGAAGCCGGGCAAGGGCAGCUACUGGACGCUCGAUCCGGACUCGUACAAUAUGUUCGACAAUGGAUCGUUCCUGCGGCGGCGGCGCCGGUUCAAGAAGAAGGAUGCGCUCAAGGAGAAGGAAGAGCUGAUGAAACGGCAGAGCCUGCUGCUGGACGACAAGAUGGGUGACAUUAAACCGAUCAAGAUCAUGUCCGGCGGGCACCAUCACCAUCACCACCAUCAUCACCAUACGCUCGAGGGCAAACAUCACCAAACUUCGCUCGGACAUCAUCAGACGUUUAAGCGCGAACCGGGCCUGGAACUGGCGGCCCAGUGUAUGGUGAAGGAUGGGCUAACGUCUACGCUGCUUAACACCUGCCACGAUACGUUCGCGACCCAGAUGAAUCACCUGUCCGCCGCCGGUGAUCAUGGCUUUACGGUGGACUCGCUGAUGAACGUGUACAACCCGCGGCUGCAUCACACCUCCUACCCGUACCAUUUUAACGACGACAACCUGAUGGCAGCGUCCGGUGGUCAGCUAAGGCAUCAUCACAGUUCCGCACAUCAUCCACCACCGCACGGUGGCUGGUACACGCCGGAAACUCCACCGGAAUCGAUCGGCAAUACCUCCGGUAGUUCGACGACCACACCAACAACCCUGCCCUCGGUUACCGUCACGCCAACGUCCGGAAUUGGUGUCGGUCUCGGUGGUGGUGGUGGUGUUGCUGGUGGUGGAUCCAUCGGGAAUGGGGUAGGUCUCGGUGGAGGCGUAGGUAUCGGAGCGCACAACGGUGGCACGAUGGGACCAGGCGCGGGCGGGUUCCGGGAUAUGGUGUUCGAUCACAACCAGGCGUCGGCUGCUGCUGCUGCGGCGGCCGCCGCUGCCGUUGCCGUCAACUGUCAGAUGGAACCGGCCGGCAGUCCCGGAAGCAAUAGCCUUACGUCCGCUAGCCCACCGGUCAACUCGGCAGCCGCAGCCGCCGCUGCUGCCGCUGGACAUCUCGGUGGUAACCUUGGACACUUGGGGCACUACCGGUCGCACGUCGGCUACUAUCAGGACUGUGGGCUGAAGUAUGGUGUGUAA